GAGCACCUGAAGGCAGCACGAUAGCUUCUUUCAUGCUUUUAGGGCUUCAUUUGUACCAGUAACAGUGUCGCUGUUUUGGGCUUAAUGAUUGAAAAAUACAAUUAACAGAAUAUCAUAGAAGUGAAUAUUUUCUAUUUAUCUUUUCUAGAGGACAAGUUUGCGUCGAGCGCGUGCGUCAAUGACGUAUAAGCUGCUCAAACCGCCCUCCUCUGACACUUUCCAAAAUGGCAGGCACCAUUGGAAGACUGCUCAGGACCUCUGCAAGGGUUGCAGCAGGAGGGUUAAAAGUCACAGCAGCCUGUCAACAUGGAGCAACUGGGGCUGCAAGAAUUCUCACCGGUCCAGCGCUUCAGAGAGCAUGUUUCUCUACCAGCAAUUCCAGAUGGGCCCCUGCUGUCACUCAGCCUGCUCCUGCUUUUAAGGCCACAGCUGUCCACAAUGGGGAGUUCAAGGAGAUGAGCCUCGCUGAUUUCAAGGGCAAAUACCUGGUCCUUUUCUUCUACCCUCUGGAUUUCACCUUUGUGUGUCCAACAGAGAUCAUCUCAUUCAGCGACAAAGCCAGUGAGUUCCAUGACGUUAACUGUGAAGUGGUGGGUGUGUCUGUGGACUCUCACUUCACUCACCUGGCAUGGAUCAACACUCCACGGAAGACUGGAGGCUUGGGCAACAUCCACAUCCCCCUGCUGUCAGACCUCAACAAGCAGAUCUCUAGAGAUUAUGGUGUGCUGCUGGAGGGUCCUGGCAUUGCACUGAGGGGCCUGUUCAUCAUUGAUCCAAGCGGUGUGGUGAAGCACAUGAGUGUGAAUGACCUGCCAGUGGGGCGUUGUGUAGAAGAGACCCUUCGCUUGGUGAAGGCGUUCCAGUUUGUGGAGACCCACGGCGAGGUGUGUCCAGCCAGCUGGACCCCUGAGUCCCCAACGAUCAAACCAACCCCAGAAGGAUCUAAGGAGUACUUUGAAAAAGUCAACUGAAGACGACAAACUCUUAUGAAGCACUGAAUGGUACAAAUCUAAAAAUAAAUGUACACAAUUAGUUUACAGUUUAAGUGGUAUUACUCAUACAUAGCUGAAUACAAUAAUAAAUUUAUUCUUUAUAAACGACA